UUAGGAGGAGCAGAGCAGCAAUACGAUGGCAAAUGGAGAAAAGAGCUUGAUGAAGUGCAGUUUUAUGUCAUUCGGGAUGGAGCAGUCAAGCAAAUUGAUGCUGUCUGUGCUCUGUCAGCAACGGAAGGAUGAAUAG